UAUAUUGGAAAUCAGCAAGUAAUUUAAUUGUUUGGGCGCGUUGGAUGGAAAAUGAAUUAAAAAUAAAAAGUAGAGAGUCAAUAAUAAUUUACAGAUUAUUCGAAAUUUGGAAGGAAAGAAAAAUUUAUUUAAAAGCAAAAUAUGACAAAAUUUUGGAUUUUGAAUUAAAAAGAAUUGAAGAAAUUAAAAAAGAAGAAAAUUAUUUAGUUGAAAUGGAAUUUGGAUUAAAAAAAUUGAUGGAAGUUGAAGUGGAAAAUGAAGAAAAUUUUUUUGAUAUUGGUAAUUUAAUAAAACAAAAAUGGAUAAAAAUUGAAGAAAAUGGAGGAGGAGGAAAGUUUAAUGAAGAAGAAAAAAUUAAAUUUAAUGAAUGGAUAAAAGGACAGAAUUGGGAAAUUAUUAAAAUAAUUAUUAGAAAUAAUAAAAUUUUUAAGAAACAAAUAAAUAUUGGAGGAAAAGAGUACUUGAUUGAAAUGAACUUUUUGUCAAUUUUGUUAUCAAGUAAAAAUUAUUUUUAA